AGAGAGAAAGCAAGAGACCAUAGUCCUGGGAAAGUCCUGCGCCUUGAGACAAUUAUAAAAAUGUGUCCCCCUGGGUCAGCCGCCCAACCGCCUCACCUGCUGCACACACCGCCCGCCCGCUCAGAUCGCCGCGUCCGCCCAGCAUGCGUCCAUCUCACGGCCUCCUCUUUUUGGCCACCUUUGUCCUCUUGGACCACCUAAGUUUGUCCAGGGCCACACCAGUCCCAGGAAGGUUCCAGUGCCUUAACCAUGCCCAGAACCUGCUGAAGGUGGUCAGCAGCACGCUUGAGAUGGCCAGACAAAACCUCACACUGUACCCCUGCACUGCUGAAAAGGUUGACCAUGAAGAUAUAACAAAAGACAAAACCAGCACCCUGAAGGCCUGCUUACCACUGGAACUGGUCAAGAAUGAGAGCUGCCUGGCUUCCAAAGAGACAACUUACACAACUAAUGGGAACUGCCUGGCCCCUGGAAAGACAUCUCUGAUGAUGACCCUGUGCCUUAGUAGUAUCUAUGAGGACUUGAAGAUGUACAAGAUGGAGUUCAAGGCCAUGAAUGCAAAGCUUUUGAUGGAUCCCAAGAGACAGAUCUUUGUAGAUCAGAGUGUGCUGGCAGCCAUUGAUGACCUGAUGCAGGCCCUGAAUUUCCACAGUGAGACUAUACCACAGGAAGCUAUCCUUGAAGAGCCAGAUUUGUAUAAAACUAAGACGAAGCUCUGCAUACUACUCCAUGCCUUCAGAAUCCGUUCCGUGACUAUCAACAGAGUCAUGAGCUAUCUGAAUUCUUCCUAAGAGGUGGAGGCCCUUCCCAACCUUAGCAUCAUUUUUAUAAAAAUAUGAACCAAAAAAAUAUUAAUAAGAGGUGGUUUAAAAACUAGAGAGGGGGACACCUGGUCACAAUAAAGCUCUGGCAGGAAUCCUCCUACUCCUGGCACAUUCUCAGCCCUCAUGGAAGGUGGCAAUUACCUCUGCAUGGCCCCUCUAAUUGUUUUUUGCAAUUACUGUGUGUAUGUUGUAGGUUUCCAUGAGCAGAUUGCUAAGGAGCAAUGUCCUCCCUGAAUGUGCUUGUCUUCCCCUUUUAUAGAAGAACAAGAAUUGAUAAGCUAUUUUGUACCAAAGUGUUUGUGGGAACACUCAAUCAUCAUUUAUUUAAAAGUAUUUAUUGAUAAUUUUGUAUUCUUGAAACUAUGUGAAGUAAUUUAUAUUUAUUUAUAUUUUAUUUAUUAUAUUUCUUAUCAAA